AUGGCCUCCUCCUCCCUCCUUACUUGUUUGCAAUCUGCCUUACUUGAUACAGACUUGCUGCUGAAACAUUCUGCCAGUGGUAAAGAUCGGGAAACAUGUGAAUUGCUGAAAGUUAUGCUGAGGAACCUCAAAGCUUUUGUUGUUCUCUGUGCCGGAGUUUUCGACGCCGACACUAAUAAAACUCUGUGGCGCUCCUCGUUACGACCGUUUGAAGAUAUGGUUCGCAGAAAUGAAGCCAAUAUUCACCCUCUGUGUCUCAAUUUGUCCGGCAAUGAUGCUGAAACUGAAAGGAAAGCAUUUGGUUUGGCCUCCCAUUUCCAAAGCCAGAUCCAGUAUUCGAUGGGAGAGUUAAAACAAUGUUUAGUCCCUCUUUCAGAUUUCUCAAGUCGGCGAUCAACUUCCCUCACCCCAAAUGAAUUCUGCGAAAUCAUUUGCUGCGUAUUGGAGAAUAUGCACUACUGUAUCAGUCUCAUGCCCUUAUACUGGGGCGACAUUGUUCGCAGUCGGGUUGAAUCUUCGGCGAAAGGAUUGGAGGAGCAGACCACAUUCUUGAACUGUCUCCUCUGCUUUUCCCCUGAAGCUACACAAGAUAUGUUGGCUCACACUGUAGUAGACGUGGCUUUCGAUGCUGCAUCUCUCGUUUUCAAGUACGGACAAGUGUUGCGGGCUGAUGAAGAAACCCGGGAAAGUUUGACAUAUGAGAUGCUAACAGAUGUGCAGGGAAUGAAAAAUCGUCAGCAUCAACUCCAUGAGACUUAUUAUGCUCUAACCCUGAGUUGCUCAAAGUUUCCAAGACAACCGCUUGCUCCCACUCAAGAAGGCAUAGAUGUUAAUAAUGAGGCCUUUGGACUCAUCAAGAGUGUCCUGGAUUAUCUCAUACCAAUUCUUUGGAAGAUACUUGGAGCGAAUACCGGUUGGGCGAUUUCUAUGAAGGAUCAACUACAGGGGCUAUUAAGAGCACUUAGAUCCUUGAGGGAAACCCUUCUCAAGCAGCGACAUUGCUCGAGCAACAGCAAUAUUAAGAAAGACAUUGGAGCUGUAGUAUGUGAUGCUGGAGUCUUGAUCUACUUAUUGUAUGGAACAAGUACAGAAGUAGACCUUGAGAUUCUUCAAGAUUUAUUGGAAAGCAUCGAAACCAUCCUGGCAGAAGUUGAGAACAACCAGAAGUAG